AUGGGUUCACUUCCGGGCCCUGUGGGGGGAAUCAGGAUUUCCAUCGACCGCGGUGGCACCUUUACCGAUUGUGUUGCAUCUGUCCCCGGCCAAGAUGAUAUCCUCGUCAAAUUGCUUUCAGUCGACCCCAGCAACUACCCCGAUGCCCCAGUCGAAGCGAUCAGAAGAGUCCUGGAGAAAGCGACAGGAAAGGAGUAUCCCAAGGGAAAGAAGAUUUCUCUACGAGGUGUUGAGUCUAUCAAAAUGGGAACUACAGUAGCCACAAACGCCCUCCUCGAGAGGAAAGGAGAACGCACAGUAUUUGCUGUGACGAAGGGCCUCAAGGAUCUCCUGCACAUCGGCAACCAGUCAAGGCCAAAACUCUUCGACCUCGCCAUUCGCAAGCCCGACGUACUAUACUCAAAAGUCAUUGAAAUCCCAGAACGCGUGACACUGGACGCAUGGUCAGAAAACAACAAGCCCGAACCUAUCGAUGUCUCUUCAGACCCCGCGCUCGUCACCGGCGUCACCGGUGAAGCAGUCCGGGUCCUCGAGCCUCUCGACAUCGAGGCAUCCAGAAAGGCCCUACAAGAAGCCUACGACGAGGGCUACCGCUCCAUCGCCGUCUGCCUCAUGCACAGCUACACCUUCCGCGACCACGAGGCGGCCAUCGCCCAGCUCGCCGCCGACAUCGGCUUCACCCAUAUCUCCCCGAGCGCCGAGCUCUCCCCCGUCGUCAAGAUCGUGCCCCGCGGUAACUCCUCCACCGCCGACGCCUACCUUACCCCUGAGAUCAAGCGCUAUAUUGCCGGCUUCGAGUCCGGCUUCGAGGACCUCGCCAACAGCGGGUGCCGCUGCGAGUUCAUGCAGAGCGAUGGCGGCUUGGUCGAGUUUUCUGGUCUGUCUGGUUUGAGGGCCAUUCUCUCUGGGCCUGCUGGCGGUGUCGUCGGCUAUGCGAGAACGUGCUAUGACGACGCGGAUAAGACACCUGUGAUUGGAUUUGAUAUGGGCGGCACGAGUACUGAUGUUUCAAGAUACGCCGGCGAGCUCGAGCAAGUCUUCGAGACCACGACGGCCGGUGUCAUGGUCCAGACUCCGCAGCUGGACAUCAACACCGUCGCGGCGGGCGGCGGCAGCAUCCUCAGCUGGCAGAGCGGCAUGUUCAAGGUCGGACCCGAAAGUGCCUCCGCUCAUCCCGGCCCGGCCUGCUACAGGAAAGGCGGUCCCCUGACCGUCACCGACGCCAACGUCGUCCUCGGCCGCGUGAGGCCCGAGUUCUUCCCCAAGAUCUUUGGUCCCAACGAAGACUUGCCCCUGGAUGUCGACGCCAGCAGACGUCUCUUUGAGGAGCUCACAGCGAGCAUCAACAAGGACGAAGGCACCACCCUGACCGUGGAGCAAGCCGCAGCUGGCUUCCUUGACGUCGCCAACGAGUCCAUGUGCCGCCCCAUCCGCACCCUCACCGAAGCAAAAGGCUACGACGCAGGCCUGCACAACCUCGCCUCCUUCGGCGGUGCCGGCGGCCAGCACGCCUGCGACAUUGCAAAGACGCUCGGCAUCUCCCGCGUCCUCGUCCACAAGUACUCCUCCGUCCUCUCCGCCUACGGCAUGGCCCUCGCCGACGUCGUCAGCGAGGAGCGCAGCCCCUGCGCCCUGACCUACACCGAGGCCAACCUCGCCACCUUCGCCUCGGAGCUCGACAAGCUCGUCGAGAGAGCGGGAGACGUCCUCCUCAUGCAGCGUAUCCCCGAGGAACGCAUCGUGAGCGAGCGAUACCUCAACAUGCGCUUCCAGGGCAGCGAUACCCCGCUCAUGAUCCAAGAGACGGCGGCGGCGCCCGGUGGGGGAUACCUCGAGGCCUUCAAGGACGCUCACCAGAAGCAGUUUGGGUUCCUGCCCGUCGGCCGCGAUGUUAUUAUCGACGACUACCGCGUCCGCGCCAUCGGCAAGACGACGGUGCAGCUCCCCGUCCCUUGGCCCAAAGAGCUUGCUUCCGCGGAGGCGACGGCCGCGCCGCCCGCCAAGACGACAAAGCAGGUCUACUUCAAGGGUUUGGGCUGGUCCGAGACGCCCGUGUACGGACUCGCGGGCCUGACGCCGCAUACCAAGAUCGCUGGCCCGGCACUCAUCAUGGACGACAAGCAGACGAUUGUGGUGAUCCCCGACGCCGCGGCGACGGUGCUCUCCGAGACGGUGGUGAUUGACGUCGCGGUCGGGACAAAGGAGACCAUCUCCACGACGACGAUUGACCCGAUCCAGCUGUCCAUCUUUGGCCAUCGGUUCAUGGGCGUCGCGGAGCAGGCCGGUCGCGCGCUGCAGAAGACGAGCGUGAGCACUAAUAUCAAGGAGAGGUUAGAUUUCUCGUGCACCGUGUUUUCGCCUGAUGGCGGGCUUGUGGCUAACGCCCCUCACGUCCCUGCCAUGAUCGGAAGUAUGGCCUUUGCUGUGAAGUGGCAAAUCGACCACUGGGGCGACAACCUCAAGCCAGGAGACGUCAUCCUCUCCAACGCACCAGUCUGCGGCGGCACCCAUCUCCCCGACCUCACAGUGAUCACGCCCGUCUUCAACGCCGAAGGCAGCAAGAUCAUCUUCUGGACCGCCUCCCGAGGCCACCACGCCGACGUCGGCGGCAUCCUCCCCGGCUCCAUGCCCCCCAACUCCAAGGAGCUGUGGGAGGAGGGCGCCGUCAUCAAGGCUUUCAAGGUCGUCGAGGGCGGCGUCUUCAAGGAGAAGGAGCUCACCGACCUGCUCAUGGCGCCGGCGCACUCGCCCGGCUGCUCCGGCACCAGGUGCCUCCGCGACAACAUCUCCGACAUCAAGGCGCAGGCGGCGGCGAACCACCGCGGAAGCCAGCUGAUCCACGCCCUGAUUGAGGACUACGUGGAAGAGAUCCAAGGCGCAGCCGAGCGCGCCGUCCGCGACAUGCUCAAGACGAUCCACGAGCGCACGGCAGGCAAACCCCUCGAAGCAAUCGACUACAUGGACGACGGCACCCCGAUCCAGCUCAAGGUCACAAUCGACCCCACCACCGGCGGCGCCGUCUUCGACUUCCACGGCACCGGCCCCGAAGCCUACGGCAACUGGAACGCGCCCAUCGCAAUCUGCAACUCGUCCAUCAUCUUCGCCCUCCGCUGCAUGGUCGACGCCGAGAUCCCGCUCAACCAGGGCGCCAUCCGGCCCAUCGACGUCCAGGUCCCCGAGGCCUCGUUGCUGAAGCCCACAGAGCACGCCGCCGUGUGCGCCGGCAACGUCCUGACUUCGCAGCGCGUCGUCGACGUCAUCUUCAAGGCGUUUGGCGCGGCCGCGGCCAGCCAGGGGUGCAUGAACAACUUGACCUUCGGCACGGAUGACCCGGAGACCGGGUUCGGGUACUACGAGACCAUCUGCGGCGGCGCGGGCGGCGGACCGAGCUGGGAUGGUGUCAGCGGCGUGCAUACCAACAUGACCAACACGCGCAUUACGGACCCGGAGUCGCUUGAGCGGCGGUACCCCGUCAUCCUCCGGCAAUUCUGCCUGCGCGAGGGAAGCGGCGGAAAAGGAGCUCACACGGGAGGCGACGGCAUCAUCCGCGAUAUCGAGUUUAAUAUCCCGAUCAAGGUCAGCAUCCUCAGCGAGAGGCGGGCGUUUGCGCCGUACGGUAUGGCGGGCGGCGAGGACGGGCAGCGGGGCCGUAAUGUGUGGGUUAAGAAGAGCGGGCGCGUCGUCAACCUCGGCGGGAAGAACACGGCCAUGAUGGAGGCGGGCGAUCGCAUUGUGAUCAUGUCGCCUGGUGGUGGCGGGUAUGGACGGCCCGAAGACAGGGUCGAGGGGAAAGCGAAGCCGGCGGCUGCGUUUGUGGGUGUUGCGAAUGGAACGGUUGAUAUGAUCCAGAGCAUGGGAGAGUCUGCAUAA